UCAGUACCUUGAUUCCAAUCUUCUCCUCUUUGUUCACCAUGGGGAAGCAAGAGUUGGACACAUCUACAGGGAUGAAUUAGCAGAAAGGAGUUUGAAGCCUGGAGAUGUGUACACAAUUCCUGCUGGAUCAGCUUUCUAUUUGGAGAAUAGAGUUGAAAACCAGAGACUUCACAUUAUUUGCAGUAUUGAUGUUACCUCAGAAUCCAUGGGAUGGCAUGCUUUCCAGUCUUUCUUCAUUGGUGGUGGAAUUUAUCCUACAUCCAUUAUUGCUGGAUUCGACCAUUCCACAUUAUCAACUGCUCUUAAUGUCUCGGCAGCAGAACUAAGCACGUUCUUGACAAGGCAAUCUUCCGGGCCAAUCGUGCAUUUAUCUGGUUCUCAUCACACACACAUUUGGUCCAAAUUCUUGGCCCAAGAACCCCACAAGAGACUAGCUCACUUGAAGAGGAUUGCGAAUUUUGAGGAAGAAACUAUCCCAAAAGAAGAGGAAUCAACAUGGUCAUUGAGGAAAUUUUUAUUUACUUUGUUAAACAGGGAAGACGUUGUCGAGAGAGUGAAUCAUAAAGCUCCAUCAGCAUAUAAUCUCUACAACAGGAAGGCCGAUUUCAAGAACGAGUUUGGAUGGAGCAAGAAGUUGGAUGAGUCUAAUUAUUCUCCUCUAAAGAUAUCCGGCAAUGGCGUUUAUCUUGUCAAUCUAUCUCCGGGAUCCAUGAUGGCGCCUCAUGUUAAUCCAACAGCAAUAGAGUAUGGAAUAGUUUUGAAAGGGACUGGCAGA